UUAUAAUCUAGAGAUGGAUGUAUUAUACAGAGAGAGAGAGAGAGUGUGUGUCAGUGUGUGUUUUAGAGAGAGAAAGUUACUCCGUGACGAGCUCCUUCCUUCCGUGUUACUUACUCUCUCACCUUCCACAACCUAACAUUAUUCUAGAAAUUAACACUACGCAGAUUUAGAUCUCUACAGUUCUAGGGCUUGUUCUUCAUUGAAUUGUGUAUUGUCCUUGAGAAGUUAGGGUCUGAAUUCGAAGCUAGGAUUAUGUAUUGAUGGAGCCUCGUAUUGGUAACAAGUUUCGGCUCGGUCGGAAAAUUGGCAGUGGAUCGUUCGGAGAGAUUUUUCUUGGUACUAAUAUCCACGCGAAUGAAGAUGUUGCAAUUAAGCUUGAAAAUGUCAAGACAAAGCAUCCUCAGUUGCUUUAUGAAUCAAAGUUAUACAGAAUUCUACAGGGAGGAACUGGAAUUCCAAAUGUGAGAUGGUAUGGGGUGGAGGGAGACUAUAAUGUUCUAGUGAUGGAUUUGCUUGGACCCAGUCUUGAAGAUUUAUUUGGUUUUUGCAGUAGGAAAUUUUCUUUAAAGACGGUUCUUAUGCUUGCAGAUCAAAUGAUCAAUCGUAUUGAAUUUGUCCAUUCUAAAUCAUUCCUACAUCGAGAUAUCAAGCCAGACAAUUUUCUUAUGGGUUUGGGAAGGCGUGCAAAUCAGGUCUACAUCAUUGACUUUGGUCUAGCUAAGAAAUAUAGAGACGCCACAACUCACCAACACAUUCCUUAUAGAGAGAACAAAAAUUUGACUGGAACUGCAAGAUACGCAAGCAUGAACACUCACCUGGGCAUUGAACAAAGCAGGAGGGAUGAUUUAGAAUCUCUUGGAUAUGUCCUUCUGUACUUCUUAACAGGAAGUCUUCCUUGGCAGGGAUUGAAAGCCAGAACUAAGAAACAGAAGUAUGAGAAAAUUAGUGAAAGGAAGGUUUCCACACCUAUAGAGGUCUUGUGCCGGGGAUAUCCCUCAGAGUUCGCUUCAUACUUCCAUUACUGUCGUUCCCUACGGUUUGAUGAUAAGCCGGAUUAUUCUUAUCUGAAAAAAUUAUUUCGUGACCUCUUUAUUCGUGAAGGCUUCCAGUUUGACUAUGUUUUCGAUUGGACUAUUUUGAAGUAUCAGCAAGCACAGAUGACCACUCCUUCCCGGGCUCUUGGCCCUGGUGCUGGAACAAGCUCUGGUCUGCCCCCUGCCAAUGCUAAUUCUAACUGGCAGCCAGGUGAGGAAGGAGGUAGACCAGCUGGUUUUUCUUCAGUGGAUUCUUCUGGUCAGAGAAUAUAUGGACAAGCUACGGAUGUUGGAAGUUUAGCCAAGCAGAAGAGUCCAGUUGCAAAUGAUUCAGCUGCCAUCAGAGAUUCCUUGUUCUUUAUGGAAGAUGAGUUUGAUCCUGCUUACACCCGCACCAUCCAGGCAGGUCCAGGAACAUUACAUAAACUCUCAAGUGGGCAUAAUAGUUCACCCAUUGGUGGAUCAUCCAAUGCUAAAUGCACGUUGUCUAGCAGGAAUAACUCUACCAUAAAGAACUAUGAAUCCACUCUCAAGGGCAUUGAAAAUCUCCGUUUCGACGACGAAGGUAGGGCUCAUUAUUAAUCCAUUUACCUUUUUAAGAUAUUGUAAAAUCAUAGAUCUGUGUGUGCCAUUACAUCAGGAACAUUAUGUUGCACUUUGAAGAGUUUUGACUCAAAACUCUGAGUUGGAAAUUAAAAAAUAGCUCAGCUUUUAUUGGCA